GAUGAACGAUAAAAUUUGUUUACAUUAUUGUUUUCAUAUAGAAAAAGUAAGACUAUUGGUAAAUUAAUCAAUCGAAUAUCGGCAUCUCUUCAAUACUUUUUGAAUAAUAUUACAACAAAUCAAGCAUUACUUUUUGAAACUUGCGAAUAUUUAUAUAUUAAUCCAUUAAUUCGACAACAAUGUCUAGAUACUUGUCUAGCGAUCACAAAUGAAGUUCAAAAUUCACUUCAUACUCUUCCGACAUAUAUGAUGAUUACAUGCAAAGAUAAAAUUGUGUAUAUGCAUUCAAGUAAUGAUCAAAAUCGACUAAGUAAUAGUGAUCUAUUCUUAUUAUUAUUAAAUAAUACAAGUCGACCAUUACGUGAUGAAUUUAAAUUACAAAAAAAUAAAUCAUCAAAAAUAAUGGCUCAUAUAUACAAAACAAAUCUUGAUACUAAUAAUCAAAAUUUAUCAAAUUCAGCAAGAGGAUCAAUGGAAGAUCUUCAUACUUUACAAACUAGACGAGCAGUUUCUUUACCAACUUUUCCUAAGUUAGAAAUAACAAAAACAACUGAAACUCGUCGAAUUGAAGUCAUAUUUAUGAAAACAUUAACAAGACCUCUGGCACCAUUUACUAUGUAUACGAUAUCAUUAACUGAUGAUAUUUCUGUUCUUAUUCUUAUUGAAUGGAAAAGCAGUUUAGCUUGUUCCUAUUUGUUUGAACUUAUUCAUCAUCUUAAUUUAUGUCAAAGUCAAUCACGGUUUUCAUAUACUCGAUUAAAUAAUUAUAUUAAAUCUGUAGAAAAUAACGGAACUAUUCGACGUUAUUUUGAAAGUAAAAAAAAUCGACCAAAUAUUCUAUCAAUUAUUUUAAAUGAAACACAAAUUAUAUAUAAAUCUUUACCAAAAAAACCUGAUAUUAUGGAUGAAGAUAAUCAUAAAAGUAAUCAAAUUCUAGGGAAUUUAAAAAAAACGAAUGACUAUUCAGUUCAAGUAUUUCAUAAUUUAUUUUUUGAUAUUGAUGAAUAUGCUCUUACAACAAAUACCAGUGAUCAACAAAACGAUUUUUCAAUGAAUGAAGAUAAUUUAAUUGAAUCACCAUUAAUACAAAUUCUUCGAAACAAAUUAACUGAACAUUUAGGAGACUGGUUUUCAUUUAUUGAAAUUAAAUCACAACGAAAUAUUACAAUGAGUUUUUGUCAUGACAAUUUUCCAGGUCUCGUACAUUUUGCAUUUAUUGAUCGUUUACGUGGACAAAUUUGUGCGCCAGCGUUAUAUACUAAUGAUUAUCAACAUUAUGCAGCAACAAAUACUAAAACAGAUGGAAUAGAACAAAUUUUAGAAAAAAAAAUAUUAGCUUUUGAAUUGGAGUGUCUUUCAGCAUUGAAACGAGGUUGUACGUCAUACACAAUGACUGAUGAACAUUUUCAAUAUAAUUAUACAUUGCGUUUACAAGAAAGUAAUGGUGCAUCUAUGCGACUUUAUAAACCUUUUGUUGAAUAUCAACCACCAGGUAUUUUACAUUUUGAUUUUUACAAAGCAUUGGCAAACGAAAAUUAUUCUUCCCUAAUGGAUAAAACAUCAAUAGCAUGUUUUGAAUUGAUUUGUGUACAUCUACGUAUUGUAUCAUCAAGUAACGUUCGUGAACAAUGUGAACAACUCUGGCCAAAACUAAUGGAAUUGGACGAGUAA